ACGCCCACUUCCUGCCGACCGAGGGCGGGCGCAGCGCGCACGUCCGCGUCCGGGUCAACAGGUCAACGCUCCAGACUAGCGAACCCGCGGUAAAUGGCGCUGCUGGCGGGAAAGUUGAGUGCCUGGUACGCCGAGCAUUCGGGGCGAUGUGUAGUGACUUCCAUAGGGCGGAGUCUGGGACGGAGCUCCUUGCCCGGCUUGAAGGUAGACGGUCCUUGAAAGAAAUAGAACCCUGUCUGUUUGUCAAUGAAGAUGAACCUGUGCAUGGUGAUAUUCUUGAAUUUCAUGGUCCAGAAGGAGCAGGAAAGACAGAAAUGCUUUAUCAUUUAACAGCACGGUGCAUUCUUCCACAAUCAGCAGGUGGACUGGAAAUAGAAGUCUUAUUUAUUGAUACAGAUUACCACUUCGAUCUGCUUCGGCUUGUUACAAUUCUUGAGCACAGACUAUCCCAGAGUUCUGAAGAAAUGAUAAAAUACUGCCUUGGCAGGUUUUUUUUGGUGUACUGCUGCAGUAGCAGCCAGUUGCUGCUCACACUCUACUCACUAGAAGCCAUGUUUUGUAGUCACCCCUCUCUCUGCCUUUUGAUUUUGGAUAGCUUGUCUGCUUUCUACUGGAUAGACCGAGCCAAUGGAGGAGAAAGUGUUACCUUACAGGAGUCUACUCUGAAGAAGUGUUCUCAGCUCUUAGAGAAACUUGUACAUGAGUAUCGCUUGGUUCUCUUUGCAACAACACAGAGUAUAAUGCAGAAAACCUCAGCCUCCACGGAAGCUUCUUCCUCUGGCUCUAAGCGCCCGAUCGAUGCGAGUGUGGACUACAGACCCUACCUCUGUAAGGCAUGGCAGCAGCUGGUCAAGCAGAGGGUGUUUUUCUCCAAAGAUGACUCUAAAGCCAGGAACCAAUUUUCUUUAGUUUCACGUAAUUUAAAAAGCAACACUUUAAAAAAAUAUGAUUUUAUUAUUGGAGAAAGUGGGGUAGAAUUUUGUUGAUAUAUGUCAAAAUACUCUUGCAGGAUAUUAUGCAAGUUUUUAAAAGUCUUGAGAAAAAAAUAAAAUAAAGAGGAAAAGAGUCUUAAAUAGGCUAAAGUGAUUCAAUUCUGAAAUUUUAAACUCUAAGGGAAUUAACAUAAUAGUAUUUCUACACAGAAUGGAUUUUUUAAACUAAUACAGUAAACCUCAGAAUUUGUUGAAGUUUACUCAAAGUGAUAUUAACAAACUAUAUACUAAGUUUAUUUUAUUUUUAAUUUUUACACAAGGAUUGAGGAUAUUUUUUCCAUUGAUUCUAGAGAGAGUGGAAGGGAAGGGGGACAGAGGAGAGCGAGAGAGAGAAAGUGAAACAUCGUUGUGACAGAGACACAUCUAUUUGUUGCCUCCCACACACGCCCGGACCAGGGGUGGGGAUCAGACCUGCAACCCAGGUACACGCCUUUGACCGGGGAUCAAACCUGCUACCCCACCACCAUCCCACCCCCUGCUGCCCAUCCCCACCAUCCACGUGCACAGGCCGACGCUCUAACCACUGAGCAUGUGGGCGAGGGCUAAGUUUGUUUUAAAACU